AUGGAGUUACCAGUAGCCAGCGAUGUUCACCUGGCUGCAUACAGACCCAGACAUCCUCUGUCUGUGGCCAAUGGGAAGGCAACACCUGGAGGGAUUGAUGAGUCUGGUUACUAUCAGAGUUAUGGUGAUGGGAGCAGUGUAGCAUCCCGUGGAUCAGAUGCACUAACUGGCUACGAGACUUUGGAUGCUCCGCCACACUAUGACUUCUAUGCCAACACAGAAGUGUGGGGUCGAAGGAGGCGCUUCAGACCAUCUCUGUACCAACUGCAUGCAAACCCUGAGGAUGACUGCAGACCUCCCUUGUAUGAGGAGACAACAGGUGGACUCGGAGACACCUCCGAGGAAGACGAGGACGAGCAGAAGGAGCCACCUCCUGAACCUCCUCGCUUCGGCUGGGUACAGGGAGUCAUGAUCCGUUGUAUGUUAAACAUCUGGGGGGUGAUUUUGUACUUGAGGUUGCCUUGGAUCACUGCUCAGGCUGGCAUUGGUCUGACCUGGGUGAUUAUCCUGCUGUCCUCCUGUAUAACUGGGAUCACUGGUCUGUCGACCUCAGCCAUUGCUACCAACGGAAAGGUCAAAGGAGGUGGGACCUACUUUCUGAUCAGUCGCAGCCUUGGUCCAGAGCUGGGCGGAUCCAUCGGGCUGAUUUUUGCUUUUGCCAAUGCUGUGGCUGUGGCCAUGCACACUGUGGGUUUUGCUGAGACUGUAACAGACCUCAUGCGCGAAAAUGGAGCUGUCAUGGUGGACCGAAUCAAUGACAUCCGUAUCAUCGGUAUCAUCACUGUCACAUGCCUACUAGCCGUCUCAAUGGCAGGCAUGGCGUGGGAGUCAAAGGCCCAGAUUCUGUUUUUCCUGGUCAUUAUGGUGUCAUUUGCCAGUUACAUUGUUGGAACGAUCAUUCCCUCUACACCACAGAAACAAGCCAAGGGUUUCUUUAGCUACAAAGCGGAUAUCUUUGCCGCCAAUUUUGUGCCCAACUGGCGGGGGCAAGAGGGCAGCUUCUUUGGUAUGUUCUCCAUUUUCUUCCCCUCCGCAACGGGCAUACUGGCAGGAGCUAACAUCUCUGGAGAUCUGAAGAAUCCAACAGUGGCCAUCCCCAGAGGAACACUGGGGUCAAUAUUCUUUACCACCAUAUCCUACCUUAUCAUCUCUGCUACCAUUGGAUCCUGUGUGGUGCGUGAUGCAUCUGGUGUGUUAAACGACACCCUGUCACCGUCCUCAGCCAUCGAGGGUUGUGUUGGUACAGCUUGUCUUUUUGGAUGGGACUUCUCUGAGUGUAUCAACAAUAAGACAUGCAAAUACGGCAUCAGUAACUACUAUCAGUCCAUGAGCAUGGUGUCGGCUUUCGCCCCUCUUAUCACUGCUGGUAUAUUUGGAGCAACACUGUCCUCUGCUUUGGCCUGCCUGGUGUCUGCUCCCAAAGUCUUCCAGUGUCUGUGUAAGGACAAACUUUACCCUUUCAUCGGCUUCUUUGGCAAAGGUUAUGGCAAGAAUGAUGAACCGCUCAGAAGCUACCUACUGACGUACAUCAUCGCUGCCUGCUUCAUUCUCAUUGCUGAGUUGAACACCAUUGCUCCCAUCAUCUCCAACUUCUUCCUCUGCUCCUACACUCUGAUCAACUUCAGCUGCUUCCAUGCCUCAAUCACCAACUCACCAGGUUGGCGCCCAUCCUUCAAGUUCUACAGUAAGUGGCUGUCGUUGCUGGGCUCUGUGGUUUGUGUGGUUAUCAUGUUCCUGCUGACGUGGUGGGCAGCACUCAUUGCCUUUGGUGUCGUCCUCAUCCUUUUGGGAUACACACUCUACAAGAGGCCUGCCGUGAACUGGGGCUCCUCAGUGCAAGCGAGCUCCUACAACAUUGCUCUGAACCAGUGUGUAGGCCUCAACAUGGUGGAGGACCAUGUCAAGAACUACAGACCCCAGUGUUUGGUGCUAACGGGUCCUCCCAGCAGUCGUCCAGCUCUGGUGGAUCUCGUCUCCUGUUUCACAAAGAAUCUCAGUCUCAUGAUGUGUGCCAAUGUGGUCUCUGCUGGUCCUUCCCCAUCAGCAGUGGAAAAGUCAAGCAACAACAACCAUGUUAGCUGGUUGAACCAACGGAAGAUCAGGUCAUUCUACGGAGGGGUGGUGGCUACAGAGCUACGAUCAGGAGUUAACAUGCUGCUGCAGGGGGCAGGUUUGGGUCGUAUUAGGCCAAAUGUUCUGCUGAUGGGUUUCAAGAAAGACUGGCGCAGUGACACACCUCAGGCUGCACACAACUACAUAGGAAUACUGCAUGAUGCAUUUGACCUACAGUACGGCGUGUGCGUGCUGAGAAUAAGGGAGGGCCUGGAUGUCUCCCGUCCAUCUCAAUCACACGUUAAUCCAGGCUUUGAGGAAGGACCAGAGAGCAUAAACACCAUUUCUGCCCCUCCACGCAUUAAAACAAGCACUACAUCUACUGUCUCCAUUGAACCAGAGCCCCAGCCUAGUACAGCGUUCCAGAAAAAACAAGGAAAGAAGACCAUCGAUGUAUACUGGCUGUCUGAUGACGGAGGUCUGACCCUGCUGCUGCCCUACCUGCUGACUCGGAGGAAGCGCUGGGGUAGAUGCAAGGUCCGAGUGUUUGUGGGAGGAGAUAUAGACAAGAAGGAAGAACAGAGAGAGGAGGUGUUGGCACUGAUCAGGAAGUUCCGUCUUGGUUUCGAAGACGUUGAAGUCCUUCCUGACAUCUACCAGAACCCACAGCCUGGAAAUGUUCAUCAGUUUGAGAAUAUGGUGGGUCACUUCAGGCUUGAUACAAACCCCAAACAGGACUCUGAUUCGGGGCCACCAGGACAGCAGGAGGAGCCGUGGAUGAUCACUGACCAGGACUUAGAGAGGAACAAGGCCAAGUCUCUCCGCCAGAUCCGUCUAAAUGAGGUUCUGCAGGAUUACUCCAGAGAAGCUGCCCUGAUUGUUAUCACCAUGCCGGUGGGGAGGAGAGGAGUGUGUCCCAGUACUCUCUACCUGGGGUGGCUGGAUUUCUUGUCACGUGAUCUGAGACCUCCAGUCCUGAUGGUCAGAGGAAACCAGGAAAACGUCCUCACCUUCUACUGCCAAUAAAAUGUCACUUUGAGAUCAAUGUACAGAUACUGAACUACAACUUAUAACACACAUCCUGACAUUUUCAUCUUGAUUUAGACAUGUCAAUGCCUUGACGGGUAUUGGUGGUUAUGUAAUCCUGUAAUGAAUGUAUGACUCCUGUCAUUACCAUGUUCUUGCCCUUUAAUUCAACAUGUUAAUGAUUUACACAUUUUAGAAGUACUGCAAAAGUAAAUCACCAUAGGGCAGACAUUGAAGAUAAUUAUUUCUCAAAAUGACAAUUACGCGCACAUAAAAUGUUUUGUUUCCUGUCCUUACUUAUGAAGACAAAAAAGAGUUUAUUUAGGUCAAUAUGAUUGUUCUUAUUAAAAUGUUUAAUAACGAAAGACUUGACGAAAUAAAUGA